AUGUCUGACCUCCCGGGGCGGUCGUCCGACCCUACUCAGGCUGUGCAGGACGGUAAACACCUGUCCCCAGGUGCAGCCGAUAGACAGAUGGCCUCUUCCAGUCGAGUCAAGAGGUCACACUCGCCCGGGUCCCCUUCGACAAGUGCCUCGCCAGGCUCGACGGCAGGACGGCUCUCAAGGGCCAGCGUCACUGACCCCCUAUUGCACCGUAGGAGACCGUCAGACUCGACGUCGCGGACCAAAACCCAUCCAGGCCGCUCGGCUUCUCCCGACUGGAACGACGGCGGGGGAUCGUCACAGGCUGCCGACGAGUCGAUGAUCAUGCGACGACGCGAGAACAACCGCCUUGCUGCUCAACGCUUCCGAAACCGGAAGAAGAGUUACCAGGAGAGCCUCGAGGAAAAAGUCAAAGGGCUCGAGGUGGAGCGCGGUGCUCUCCUUCGCCGACUCGAGCAAGUCUAG